GCCACCUCCUCCUCCUUCUCUUCUUCCUCCUCCUCCUCCUCCGCUGGAGCUGCUGCUGCUUCGCGCUUGAAGCCAACAGAAGCUGCCUCGGGAGCCCACCGAGAGGCCACCCGGACGCGCUCGCCUCGCGUUUCCCCGCCUUCCAUCCCGCUUCUGCUGACCAAAAAGUUUGCCUCAUGGCGCUUAUUAUGGAACCUGUCAGUAAAUGGACUCCGAGCCAAGUGGUGGACUGGAUGAAAGGUCUUGAUGAUUGCCUGCAGCAGUAUAUCAAGAAUUUUGAAAGAGAAAAGAUUGGUGGAGACCAGUUACUACGGAUCACUCACCAAGAACUGGAAGAUCUAGGGGUUACACGAAUUGGUCAUCAAGAACUUAUCUUAGAAGCUGUUGACCUCCUCUGUGCACUGAACUAUGGAUUGGAAACGGAAAACCUAAAAACACUAUCUCACAAGUUGAAUGCAUCUGCCAAAAACCUUCAGAAUUUUAUAACGGGGAGGAGAAGGAGUGGCCACUAUGAUGGUAGAACAAGCAGAAAGUUACCAAAUGAUUUCCUUACCUCAGUGGUGGAUCUGAUUGGUGCAGCAAAAAGUCUUCUGGCUUGGCUAGACAGAUCACCUUUUGCUGCUGUGACAGAUUAUUCUGUAACACGAAAUAAUGUCAUACAACUCUGUCUUGAAUUAACAACAAUUGUACAGCAGGACUGUACAGUAUAUGAAACGGAGAACAAAAUUCUUCAUGUGUGCAAGACUUUAUCUGGUGUCUGUGACCACAUAAUCUCGCUUUCAUCGGAUCCUCUUGUGUCUCAAUCUGCUCACCUGGAAGUGAUCCAGCUAGCAAACAUCAAACCAAGCGAAGGGCUGGGUAUGUACAUUAAAUCAACAUAUGAUGGUCUCCAUGUUAUUACUGGGACAACAGAAAAUUCACCUGCAGAUCGAUGUAAGAAAAUCCAUGCUGGAGAUGAAGUGAUUCAAGUUAACCACCAAACUGUGGUGGGGUGGCAGUUGAAAAAUUUGGUGAAUGCACUACGAGAGGAUCCGAGUGGUGUUAUCUUAACUUUGAAAAAGCGACCUCAGAGCAUGCUUACCUCAGCACCAGCUUUACUGAAAAAUAUGAGAUGGAAGCCCCUUGCUCUGCAGCCUCUUGCACCUAGAAGUCCUACAAGCAGUGUGGCAACACCAUCCAGUACUAUCAGCACACCUACAAAAAGAGACAGUUCAGCACUUCAGGACCUCUACAUACCUCCUCCUCCAGCAGAGCCUUAUAUUCCCAGGGAUGAAAAGGGGAAUCUUCCAUGUGAUGAUCUUGGAAGACACCUAGCAGGAAAGCCAGUACAUAAGGGUUCGGAAUCUCCUAAUUCAUUCCUUGACCAAGAAUACAGAAAGCGUUUUAAUGUAGUGGAAGAAGAUGCUGUCUUGUACUGUUAUGAAUAUGAGAAAGGAAGAACAAGUAGCUCUGGACGAAGGGAGAGCACCCCAACCUAUGGUAAACUAAGACCUAUAUCAAUGCCAGUAGAAUAUAACUGGGUAGGGGAUUAUGAAGAUCCCAGCAAGACAAAAAGAGAUACUAGGAGAGAGAAUUCAUUACUUCGAUAUAUGAGCAAUGAGAAAAUAGCUCAAGAAGAUUACAUGUUUCAAAGAAAUAGCAAAAAGGACACAGGCAAAAAAUCCAAAAAGAAGGGCGAUAAAGGCAACAGUCCUAGUCAUUACUCUCUACUACCUAGUUUACAAAUGGACUCAUUAAGGCAAGAUAGCAUGAGCACACCUGGGCCAGAAACAUCCAUGUAUCAUACUUUUCAGCAGUCUUCUCUACAGCACAAGUCUAAGAAGAAGAAUAAAGGUCUUGCACCAAGUAAGAGUAAAAGGCGAAUUUCUUGCAAAGAUCUUGGUCGUGGAGAUUGUGAAGGGUGGCUCUGGAAAAAGAAAGAUGCCAAGAGUUAUUUCUCACAAAAAUGGAAAAAGUAUUGGUUUGUUCUGAAGGAUACAUCUCUUUAUUGGUAUAUCAAUGAGGAGGAUGAAAAAGCAGAAGGCUUCAUUAGUCUCCCAGAAUUUAAAAUUGAUCGAGCCAGUGAAUGUCGUAAAAAGUAUGCAUUCAAGGCCUGCCAUCCUAAGAUCAAAAGCUUUUACUUUGCUGCUGAACAUCUAGAUGACCUCAACAGGUGGUUAAACAGAAUUAAUAUGCUUGCUGCUGGGUGUGCAGAAAGAGAGAGGAUCAAACAAGAACAUGAUUACUGGAGUGAAAGUGAUAAGGAAGAAGUAGAUACACCAUCAACACCGAAACAGGACAGUCCACCUCCGCCAUAUGAUACAUAUCCACGACCUCCUUCAAUGAGUUGCACAAGCCCCUUUGUGGAACCAAAGCAUAGCCGACUUUCAUCCACUGAAACUUCCCAAUCACAGUCUUCACAUGAAGAGUUCCGCCAAGAGCCAGUCGGGAGCACUACUGAAUCUCCCAUCCGCAAAACAGCCAGUCAGAGACGCUCAUGGCAGGAUUUAAUAGAAACACCUCUGACAAGUUCAGGACUGCACUAUCUUCAGACUCUACCCCUUGAAGACUCUGUUUUCUCUGAUUCAGCAGUUAUAUCUCCAGAACACAGACGGCAAUCAACUCUUCCUACUCAGAAGUGCCACCUGCAGGAUCACUAUGGCCCUUUCCCCUUAGUAGAGGGUGAGAGAAUCCAAGCACUCAAUGGGAAUGGAGGAAAGCCCCGCAGUUAUACUCUGCCACGGGAUAGCGGGUUCAACCAUUGCUGCCACAUGCUUUCUGUCAGUGCCUCGAGUCAUCCAGAAGAAGUGCCACAAAAGGACCAGGAGGGUGAGGAAGGAGGGGGAGAAGUUGCAGCAGAAAACCAAGAAGAUGAAAGCUAAAGCACUGCGAGAGUUGAUAGAACUUCCCCAUGCCAACUCGGAUCCACUUCUCUUGGCACUGAACUGAUUGGAUUCACAGAUUGAUAAACUAUUGGUUAGAGAAUGUAGAUCGGAGAGAAUUGGCACAACGGAGACUCAUCUUCAGCCUCUUGCAAGCAACCUCUAAUGUCCUGCAUUCAGAAAGCCAAUCAAUUCUUCAUGAAUAACUUUGAUGUUUAUAAGCCAGAAUUGACUUUAAAAUAUAAACAACCAAAUGCCUGGGUAAGGGACUUCCAGGAAAACUCUUACAAGGGGGAAAAAUCUGUGGCCCAACUAAAUUGCUUUUAUUUUUGAAGAAUGCAUUCUUUCUACAGAGGGACUAGGCACAAUAUCAGACCCAGGCUUCAUGGAAUACAAUUGCAAAAAAUACUGCCGCCAAUUUGGGAAAAACAGAAGGGAAGAGAGACAUGGCAGGGAAAGGGCUGUGGAUGCUCAGAUGUGUUCCACAGUCUUCAAGGAAUGAAAGAAGCAUCAGCUCUGGUAACUAUAAAAUCCUAUUUUGAAGAUUAACUUCAGUUACUUCCAUCCUGACAAAGGGAAGAAGGAAGCUAAUACUGUGCUUUUUCACAUUAUUAAAGGAAGAUAUCAAGCUGUAUACUACAAAUGAAAUGUAUUCUAUCUAGUCCAAGCACACUCAGACUAUUCUGAGAAUUAACAAUCCAGUCCUGCGGUUACUUGGAAGUAAAUCCUAUUCACUUCAGUGGAGUUAAUACUGAAUCUACACAAGUUGACAGCAGAUCCAUUCAUUUAAAUCCAGGUCUAGUUAAAAUGUCAAGGGGAGGGUCUCAUUUUAAAUGUAAAAAAUCACAUGCACUUGGGAACUGCUACCCCCCCUCAUGUGCUGCUUGCGCUUCUUGUAGUCUUCCUCACCCUUGACCCCAAGAGCUUUUCUUGGGGACAUUAGUGGCAUAAUGUGGAGGGUUCCGUUUAUUUUCUCUGAAAAAUCUCCAUCUUGUUUACUUACAAUUGGAGCAGACCUGAGUUUAAACAGACAGGCUGUCACAUGUAGCUUGAGUUUUGCUUUCAGGUAAGUAGGCUUAGAAAUGCAACAGAGUUUGCAGACCAGUUUAUAAUGAUUGAUCAGAUGGUAUACAAAUAUUGAUGUCAUGACAGUGAAGCUGAUGCUUCAUACUGAAGUGUUUCAAACUCUGCAGAAGGAAGUCUUCAAUUUCUCCUUACCUUCUAGGACUUAAAUGUGAGUGAUGUUGCCUUGCAGCAUAGGCGUAAAGUAUUCUAUGUUCAUAAUCUAUAGGAGACAAUAAUGGGGCCAAGAUUUUGUCUGAAUGUCUUCCUGAGUAAAUCCAGGUAUUGUGGAUCAUUAUAUGGGUCUCCUAUGGAUCAUUAUUUGCCUGUAUCUCUGUGAUUGGAUGUGGAUUUUUUUUCUAUUUUUGGCUAAGGGUGUACUGUAAUGUCAAUGCUGAUUUCUUGAUAUUUCAUACUAUUCUAUGAAGAGAGAAUUUUAAAAUGUAUUUUGAAAUGUUUUAUUUCUGUCAGGUCAAUGUAUGGUAUUGCAUUAUGUUAAUACCAAUAAAAUAUAUAGAGUUAUUUAUAUACAAAUGCAUAUAUUUCCCUUUUUGUAGAUGAGAAAGGUAUGUUUUUUCACAGGUGAAUAAUGCAUAGUGUCUGCUUAACAGCAGUUUGGAAAUUCAAAUAGCUUUAAUGUGUGUGUGAUUUUUUUAAAAUAAGUAAAUAAAAUCCUGUACAUUGUCGACCAAUCCACAGGAAAUUCAUUAUAAUGCAUUAUUGAACCUUGUAUA